AUGAAGCCGCUACUCACCAUAAUUUUGGUAUUCCUCUAUUUAAUAUCAAAUCUUGCUCUUGCCACGUCACCACUCUUCCCGUUUCUUGGACCAUGUCAAAAGCGAUGUAUCACUCAGUUUGGCGAGAUUAAGGAGCGAACCACGAACACGGAUACAGUUUACCGCGAAAUCGACGUCUUCAACAAAACCGAGUUCUCACUGGUUAGUAUGAUGUUCAUGGGGGUUUGCAAAUUGGGAUGCAACAGCCCUGAAUACACCGAACUGAACCUGCCUGCGUUUCGAUUCGGGCAAUCAGCGUAUCAAGCGAUUUCAUCGGACCGUGAAGACAAGCCAACCCGAGGAAGUGUGGUCAAAGAUGUGCAUAUCCUUUGCCUUGACAAUGUUCCAUAUAUAACAAAAAAUAGUUCAAGCUCUACUGGAAAACGUGUGCUCACUGGAACAAUUCUAUUGGCACUGGAUGAUGGAGUCUCUGAAAUUGCCAAUAUCUAUUUCGUGGAGGUUGUGGCUAGAGAUGCAGACGACGAGGAUACUUAUAUCGUCUACCAGGACUGGUGCUACUCAUCAAGCUGUAACUUCACAUUCAACACUCCGAUCGAGACAUCAUCUGGAUUGGAAGUUCGUCUGCGAGUCUCCACCUUCGACGAUAACGGAUCAGUUGGAGGACUUGUACUUUCAAGAUGGUACAAUAUCAACCAUAUUCUGGCUAGCACUUCAGUAGAUAUGAAAUUAAAGUCGAUUGCUUGGAAAGAUGACAAGGCAGCUGCCAGAUUCUCGUUUGAUCAGGAAGGAAGUGUUCAUAUACCCUCUUGUUCUCUUCAAAUAAUGUAUAAGAAUGCGUUGAGUGCAGAGUUCAAGCUUUUGCCAUUUCAUUUGGACCGCACCCGUGAAAUCAUCAUCAAGAAGCUGGACUUCAACCAAACCUACACAAUGCGUCUGGUCCCCUAUGCCAGCGAAUCGAAUCGUCCAUCAAGCGCACUUGCAACCACUAAAUUUCAAGUUCCGGCGUGCAGUGACAUGGUUAACGACAUGAGCAUGUGUGCUCCUCCACCAGUGUUGUCACUUACUCCACAUUGGAAUUUAUCAUCAAGCAAUGGAUAUGGUCUAGUCAUGGAGUGGACUUAUUUUUCAGAUGGAAUGGCCAAUCUAACAAUCCCAAUGUCCCAUUUCAUGUUCUUUGUUCAUCCAUUGAUCACUUCUAAUAACGAAAAAUGCGGGAAAUACGAGCCGAUCCGACGAGAUGUUACCUACACCCAUCGCAAAGUUGUAUUCUAUGUGCCCGAUGCUGAAUGCAAUUACGAAGUGGAAGUUUCUGCAUUCGAUACGAAGCAGAGGACCAGUGAAGUAAAGAAAAUUAAGAUUCUCCGUGUCAAUGAGCCAUCUUAUAUGUCUUUCCUUCUCUCCAACGACAUCUCGACUUCAGUUGGUCUUGGUGCACUUUUAGUGUCCAGCAUCGUCGUUCUAAUCCUUAUAGUGAUAUUCUUUGUCCAUAAAAAGAGAAAGGAUACAAAGAAAAUGGACGAUGAGAGCUAUGGAACUGGAGAGCGAAUGGUUUAUGCCUACGUGGAUGCUACCGAUGCUUCUAAGACUGUCAUUGGAGUGCGACCACUAAACUUCCGUCUGGAGCCAGUGGAGAAUAUCAAUAGGAACAUUGAAGCAGCGCUAGCUCAACGAACCUACGGAUACAACCUGCAUAGUGGAACACGACGAGCGAUGUGUCAAGUAAUAACCAAUUCUGAAUCCCUAACUUUUUUCUAUCUCCUACUUCUUUUUCAGAACGAACUCUAUCCUUACUACCAACCGCAGAACCAACUGCGUAGAGAGCCAAGAAUUCCAAGGAGCACAAUGGAGUUGUCUAGAAAUGAUCAUACGUAUGCGACGAUUUUAGACUUCCGCAGCGAAACUGAUAUGAGUGAUGAGGUUUUCGAGAUUCGAUUUCAGGAGUCUUCCUUGUCCAACCAUAGCGGUGAAUCUCCAUCUGUUUGCGCUCUCCCUCCAAUAGCUCCAUACGAAUACUUUGACAGUUUCACAGCGUAUCCUUUGCAAGAUUUCCGAAUCCGGCAGCCAAAUGAACCAUUUGGAAGUCAAUACUGGAUAAUGAAUACCGCAAUGGAUUCUGUGAGAGGUCACUGUUUCUCAUUAAAGAUUGCGAAGGAUUACUCUGAGCAAACUAUGCAAGCAAUGCGCAAAGAGCUGGAGUUCCUUAAAACUCUACCAGCUCAUCCAAACUGUGUCGGUUCCGAAGGAGUUGUGCUUUCUAGAUGGGAGAACAAUCAAUACCAAGUUGUAGGAAUGCUUAUGGAAUGUUGUCGUGGUGGAUCCCUUCACAACUAUAUCAUAUCAGUGGGGUCUGUUCUCCGUCGUCAUGUUAUUGGAACCCCAGAAACCACUGGAAGACAAAGCAACAAUGAUGAUUUGCCGUUGAGAAGCUACAAUGAAUCUCCAAACCCAUCAUCAGGCUAUGAUAGCUUCUCCAGUAAAGAUCGAAAGACACCAGAAACAGGAAAUGAGAUCAUCCAUCACUAUGGAAGAGUUUCCAUUCGGUUUAGUCAGUUUGCUGAGCAAAUUGCUUCUGCUCUAGAGCAUCUUCAUCGUUCUGGAAUCGUUCAUACCAGAGUCACCACCAUCAGCAUCUACCUCCUUCGAGACUACACCGACCCAUUGGAUAUGUUAUGCGAUCAGAUGGUUAAGCUAGGAGACUUCGGAAAUUCUGCAAGAAAUGCUGAUGAUGUGAUAGUGGAUCAAAUCCUGCAGCCUCCUGAAGUAGCACUAGGCAAAAAAUAUGAAGCGAAGGGAGAUAUUUGGCAGUUUGGAACAUGUCUAGCAGAGAUGUGCAGUUUGGGUGUUCCCUACCAAGCCCAGAAGCAGAUUCCGUUAUCUGGCCUUGAUGAAUUCGACAAAUUACCAUCAACAUGUGUCUUGCAAGACGCCACCAAAAGAUGUCUUAACCCUCGAAACCGUCCAUCAGCUUCAGACCUUCGCGGAUUGUUCCAGACAGAUACUGCACGUGAUAUCAAAGCGUUGGAUAUGGCAACGAUGGAUCAGAUGAAACAAUCGUUGCUCAUCUGA